GGAGAGUGUCAGGUUGGCCGCCGCGACUUGAAUGCGACGCGCAACAUCCCGCACCUUGUCGACUUCCAUCCUUCCAUUGACAACAUUCUUAGCUGGCGGCAUAGGAUCGAUUUCUUGUGGAAGCUACCUCUGCAUCAGUACGGGUUCCCCUUACUCUUCUCUUUCUCUAUCACAUACCUACCUACCUAUAGUUUGCACCAUAUCGUUACGUAGUCCGGCAUCUAGUCGCUUUCAGCCGAUCCAUCGUUAUUGUUCAUCAUCAUCCAUCCUUCUAUUCAGGUUCCAACACAGUACAGCGGCAGAACAAGCAGCACUUAGAAGCAGUCCCUGGACCGCUGACCUGCACUCACCCACCGACGUUGCUCCACCUCUAUUCAAGAUUAGACCGAGACAUAUUCGACCAUCUGUUCUGCGGUCCCCAGUAUACAUCUACGUACCUCCCUCUUGGAUAGAGCUAUUGGUGUUUUGGAUAUCGGCACAGCGGUGUUACACUUGUUUGGCGUUUCGUCCUUAUCUGCCUGGGCAUGAGAAAGAACAGCUAGAGGUUCGGUAUCUCAGUAGACAGACCUUCUCACACUUUCAAUGGCGCCCACCUACCAUCGAUCAGCAGCCCAGACUCGGCGUGGCGCUCGCAGCGGUUUCCCGGAACACGACGACUUCGAGGGUCUACCUGUACGCCAAUGGAGACAGGAAUGGGUCAAUGUAACACCUCCCCAACCUGCAGAGGCUACGCAGAAAAACGAUAUUUGGGACGUCGAGCUGCCCUUUGGCAUGCCCAAGGAAACUAAGCUGCUCCCAACCCACAGCCAGGAGCUCCUGCGCGCCGCUCGCUCUGGCCGACUCUAUAAGAGACCCGCUCCGACCGACGACGACGAUGAAAACGUCGACAUCGACAACAUCAAGGGCGACAAGAAGGAAAGCGAUGCGGCUGCUGAAGGGUUCACCGUGAAGAUGUGGAAGCAAACACCACGUAACAUCGAAGGGCCUGCUGAAUCACACCUGGCCAAGCGCCAUAAGAACACGGUCACAUUACCACCAAAGUCGAGGCUGGUACAGAUAGCCCAGGGACCGACGGUUACCAGAGCAACCGUCCGGCGUAUUGACGCCGCCGGCAACCCCUACGAGCAGACGAUCACUUUGGCCGAGGGACAACAAGUUGAUGGCGAGAUCAUAUCAACAACGGUGGUGCCGGCACCAGUCGCUGCGGCUGAGGUUGCGGCUCAGGCUGCGCCGCCUGCACCAGUCAGGAGAAGGCCUCCUCCGCCAAAGCGGAAGGCUAAGGGCCCUGGUCGAGGUCGCAAGAAGGGUAAGCUGCCACUCCCAACAACAACGCGGCCAGAGCCGACUAGUGUGGAGGCCGGUGAUGCAGAGGUCAAGAUCGAGGGCACUCCAGUAAACGGAAUCAAAAUCGAAGAAACCGGUGACAGUGCGAACCAGGAUAGCGAGAUGGCCGAUUCCUCACAGAUUCCUUCCGAUGAUGAUGAGGGCGACGAUGGCGACGAAGGGGAAGAAGAAGGCGAUGCCGACGAAAGCAUGGCUGAGGGCGAUACCCCUGGUGUUGAUACCAGCAUCAGUCAGGACCAAGACCAGGAGAUGGGCGAUGCAGGAGCAUCGGAAGUUAUUCGCCCCAGCUCAACUGAAGAGUCAGAAGAAAGAGAUGCCGGUAAUGAGGAAGAUACUGCUGCCAGGUCACGCCUUGGCAGCAGCCUCGCCCCGCCAACGCUCGGAUCACUUGCGUCAAUGAGACUUGAAGGGAGUCCACUGAAGAAUGUAAUGAUCCGAUCGCCAACAGAGCCUCCAGAGUCCAGGUCAGAUGUGCCAGGGGUCGAGGGAUCUUUCUUCCCGUCUACGACUGUAGACGACGUCAAGACCGAAGUUCCGGCUGCGGCGAAGGAGUUUGACACACAAGACAAUUCUGUCGGUGCUGCCUUCCUUUCCGAAGUGGUGGUAGAGGCCGAGCAGCCGGUAGCUGACGCAGUGGAUGUUACAACUGGAACCAUCGCAAUGGAUGUCGACACCAACUCUGAGCAGCAACAGCCCGCAGAAUCGACUCCAUCUGCCGAGGCUAAAGUCGAGGAUCUUGGGGCUGCACUAGACUUGCCAGGGUUGCGGCCAGACGCUCCAACCUCCAUUUUCACGUCGACCACAUCCACUACGGCAGGUACAACAACAGAAAUGAUAACCACGGCCACAGAAACAGCAUCGGCACUGAUAGACUCCUCGUCCGUUCCCGCAGACGCCCCGGUGGAAGAAGUCGAUGUACUUCAGGAGCAACCUUCAGACGAUGCUGUACCCACGAUAGCAGAGCCCGUGCUCCAACCGCCAGACUCCCCGGCCCUGCUCCCCACUGCUACGACAGAGGAUGAAGACGACGGGCUUAACUUGCUCGGUAGCCUGGAAAGGGAACUAGACCGUCAAGAGGAAGUGAGUCGCGCCGGUAGUGCCGCCAGCGGUGCCGGUACAGGUGCGGCUGCGGGUGCCACUACCAAACAAGAGAGCAACGGUGGAGUGGACAAUCAGAAAGACACCAAGGCUGGCGAAGAAAAGCCAUUGUCAGAGCCGGAGACACAGGGAGCUGCGGUAGAAGAUGGAGGUAAUACUGCCGAGUCGGACAAAGUCGGUACUGAGGCUACUGUCGAUGUCACUGCCAUUGCCGAUGCUGCUGCUCCUCCUCCUCCUCCUUCUCCUUCUCCCCCUGCUACUACUGCCAGAGACGAAGAAAAGCCGAAAGAGGCUACCGCAGGCACCCCAGCGGAAAGUCAGGAAGCGGCUAAACAACAAGAGCAGGAACAAAAGGAAGACGUCCCUGCUUCCACUGCACUCAGUGCUGAUGGUGACAGUGUUCUAAAAGAAUCAGAACCGGAAUCGGUCCAGCAAGUCGUUGAACCGCCAAAGCAAGAGUAGGGCGGCCUUAGAGUAGACAAGGAAUUUGACGUUGACCGGUUUCGGGGGAAAUUGGCUAACGAGCUGAGCUCCGUGCGAUAGUGACUCAAAGGGGGUUUUGGUUAUUUGAAAAAGGUGUCACUCUCCCGGGAAUCGUGUAGUGGAUUGUCAUUUUUGAUAAUUCUGUUUUGGGGAAGAAUGUGAACAAAAGCUUUGCGUGCUUCAGAGCAAACAAAGGUGGCUGUAGGCUCGACUUGGCCCGACUUGAGAUUGAAGAUGUCACUCUUAGGUACUUUUGGCAUAUAUGCUCAAGAAAGAAGCGAGGCUGUUUUUCAUAUGAUAUUGUGCAAAUUUGUUGUUUGUCGACAGCAUCGGUUGCCUGCCUGUCUGGCUUACAUUCCGCACCCUCUUCAAUUUUCAUUGUGGCUAGCAGUGUCACGGGUGGUCUUCGCUGUGAUGAUAAACCUUGCCUUGAACGGGUGCGACCUACGAAUCAGAGAUGCAGUGGCGCUCUAGAGCACAUGACUAACACAACAUCAAAAUAGCCGCAUGUUUGUUAACGUCAAUCAGGUACACGGACACUUGCAAGUACACUACUGAUCAACUUCACGCGAACAUGAGCAAAAAUGUGUCUAUAACGAUGCUAUUUGUCUCUAAAUUCCAGGACGAUCGUACCUAAUGCAACUCAGUGCGGCCGACUACUUUCAGGAGUCGCUGAUUGAUCAUCCAUCAACGCACCC